GUUGGUGGAGUUGUCUCGUCUCUCGUUAAAUCAUCCUGGAAAACGGUAGAAAAAUCAGUGAUUGGAAACUCCAGAGAGGGACGAAACUACGACAGCUAUGGCUCCUCACGGCGACGGAUCAGAGGCUUCGCAGGAAGCCGUGGUGGCGCAAGACGAAACCAGCCGCUGUAUUUCCACAGUCGUCAUCAUCAUCGCUAUGAAAACAGAAGCUUUGCCGGUGGUGAAUAAAUUCCAGCUGAAAGAAGAACCAGAUUCCGGGUUCCCAAAAGGAGUCCCUUGGGUUCGAUACCAUGGGGUGUACAAAGACCUUAAUAUAAAUCUAGUUUGGCCAGGAAAAGAUUCAACUUUGGGGGUUGAUAGUGUUGGCACUGUUUCUGCUGCUCUGAUGACUUUUGCAGCUAUCCAGGCAUUGCAACCAGACCUAAUCAUAAAUGCAGGAACUGCUGGUGGCUUUAAGGCAAAGGGAGCAGGCAUUGGCGAUGUUUUUCUGGCAUCUCAUGUUGCUUUUCAUGAUAGAAGAAUACCCAUUCCUGUCUUUGAUCUCUAUGGAGUUGGUCAGCGGCAGGCCUGUUCAACACCCAAUCUGUUGAAGGAGCUUAACCUAAAGGUUGGCAGGUUGUCUACUGGUGACUCUCUGGAUAUGUCACCACAUGAUGAAACAGCAAUCACGGCCAAUGAUGCAACAGUCAAAGACAUGGAGGGGGCAGCUAUUGCCUAUGUGGCUGAUCUCUUGAAAGUCCCUGCAAUAUUCAUUAAAGCAGUUACAGAUGUAGUGGAUGCUGACAAACCAGCCGCAGAGGAAUUCUUGCAGAACUUGGCUACAGUCACUGCUGCACUUGACCAGGCAGUUAACCAAGUGAUCGAAUUUAUCAAUGGAAAGUGCCUGUCUGAACUUUGACUUGAGCUUCCUCAGUAUUCAUCUCUUGUAAAAAUGUGUGACAAAAGGGCACGUAAUUCUUUAUCCCAUAAGAUGUUCGCAGUAGUGGAUGCACAAUAUAAAAGAAACAGCAAGAUUUCAUAGUGUGGAGAGGUACUUUAAUUUUGUGACAUUAAUACAGUUAAAUGCAUAUUAGCUUUGGCUUUUCUUCAUGAUUUCCUUAUCCCCAAUAUUGAUGGCUUGGUUGUACUAGAUUUUGUGGGAAAUGUAAUCUGAUACGCUCUAGCUGUAAGUGUACAAAAUCAAUAAUUAAAUGUAGGGACUUGAAAAGCCUCUGUUUGAGCUUCACAAUUCACAUGGCAACCCAGAAUUUCUUGCUGGACACUAAAAAGAUUAUAGAUGGAGGCCAGUGGAAAGAGGGAUUAGCUUCAAGCUGGAGUCUGAACAGGGAGCUUAGGCUCAGAUCGGAAUUCUGAGGAAAGUUGACGAGUUGUUAACAGAGAAAGAAUACAACAGGAUGUCCUGG